AUGUUCACCAACGUGCAACAACAAGUCUACGUCCCAAUGAACGUCGUGCCAUACCCACCAGCACCCCAACCAAUCUGCCACCAACCCGGCUUUGCAAGCCAACAACAAUUGGCCCAAUUUUGGGCAUAUCAACAGGCCGUCAACGCUCAGAUGCAGGCCUCUGCCCAACCCAUGGCUUACGGAAUGCCUGGUUGUGUUAACCCACAACCAGUGUAUUCAAGUCAAGCACAUUGGGGCCAAUUUCCCGCGUCUUGCAACUUCACGGCCCACUGGGGUCCACAAGCGCCCCAAUGUGACGCUCCACAACGUAGCUCACCACCAAGCAGAAAGCCUGAAUACGGAGCCCCACCUUCAGUUUUGUGGACCCCAUCGCCAAGCCCUGACAAUAAAUUUAAAAAUUUUUUGAAAAAACCAGACACGACGAAAACUUCAGCUACAUUGGCAAAGGGCAAUGAAAAGUUGGCAUUAGAUGAUGAAGAAAUGGCCCAUGUAGUAGAACUAAUGGGCAACUUGUUGGACGACUACGACAAAACACCGGCCAAUACAACAACAACAAAUGAAACAAUCACAUAUCGUGAACAAAAAGAACACAUUUACUUCGACCGUGAAAAUAAGACUAUCAAGUCAACAAUUCGGAAAACAGAAAUGCCAUUAUUAAAUGGCCUGAAGUUCACAACAAAGCCUGGAGCACCGGUCUGGCCAAUGUAUAGCAUAAUGCCAGUGGAAGCUGAUCAGGCGGAUUUGAAUGAGAGGAUUCGGAAACAAAGUAUCAAGCUGGAACGAUACUACAGAAACUACAAGACGACAAUGUGUAAAAGUGUAAUAGAGGGAAAGAAAUGUACACGAGAGGCUAGUUGUUGCUUCGCCCACACCGAAGAAGAAAGACGAGCUCCGCUAGAAAACGUAAGUUUAGACAGAAAACAUAUAAUAGAGCUAAAGUAUUUUUACAGUGAUGUUUUAUUGUCUCUAUUGGUUGUCAAAGACUUCACUAUGAACUUUUCUAUAAAGCACCUUAAGCUAGACUUUUAAAACUUUGUUCUAAACUUACUAUUUCCAGAAAGACCCAAGGCGCAGAACCCAACUUUGCCGCAAAUACUAUGCCUUCAAGUUUUGCAAAUUUGGAGACAAGUGUGACUUCGCACAUCCCAAAUAA